UAUAUAAUCUUUGAUGGGCAUAAUGUCACUUUAACAGAAGCUGGAGCUGAUUUGUAGACAAUUUCAGAAAUCAAACACCAAAAGGAGAAUAUGAUAAAUGGUCUUAGAGUAGUAAGAGGACCUGAUUGGAAACAUGGUAACCAAGAUGGCGGAACUGACCAUGUAGGAACUGUAAUUGAUGGAGAGGGUGAUGACGCAGUCAAGGUUCAGUGGGACAUGGGGUCAACAUCUGUUUGCACAGUAAGAAAUGGUACACAUGAACUGCGAAUACUUGAUUCAGCAAGUAUAGGAAUAACACAUCCUAACAGUGGAUGUGUAUCGUGUGAAGAAGUUUGUAUAGUAGGAACAUUAUGGAAGUGCUCAACCUGUCCGAAUACAAAUUUGUGCAGUAUUUGUUACCAUGACGACAAACACAAUGCCUCACAUAUAUUUCUUAGAGUAGAUUAUCCCGGAUCUGAACCAAUACAGUUGCCAAAACGGCUAACCAGUCAGAAGGCUAGAGCGCUUGGAAUUUAUCCAAAUGCAAUUGUGGCAAGAGGACCUGAUUGGGAAUCUCGGGAUCAAGAUGGUGGACCUGGACAUCAUGGAACAGUCGAAGAUAUUCUUAAUUUUGGACAAGACGCUUCAGAUAGAAAUGCUGUAAGAGUUCGCUGGAAUAAAGGAUAUACUGGCGUAUACAGAAUAGGUUACCAAGGUCAUGUUGACCUGACAUGUAUAGAAGAAGCACCCGGUGGAUCAUUCUAUCCAGGACACCUCGCUUCUCUUGAUUUAGAUACGCAUAGGCGUGUUGAUAAAAUCUUGGCUGAUGUAUUAAGUGUAGGAGAUGUGGUCUGUGUGGAAGUGACUGUAGAUCAAUUGAAGCAACUUCAACAAGUUCGACGGAAUUGGAGCAACCGAAUGGAAGAAGUGAUAGGAGAACUUGGAAAAGUGACCAGGUUUACCUCCGAAGGCGAUGUUGACGUUGAUUAUGGUGGCGACAGUGUUAUCUUGGUCAAAGCGGCUGUUUGUAAGGUACCAAUUCAUGAAAAAGGGGAUAAAGUGAAGGUUAUUGGAAAUCGGGACAAAAUAAAACGGUUACAGAGAAAACAUGGCGGUUGGGAUGAAAGUAUGGAAGAGGUUAUGAAUCAGAUAGCAACAGUGUCAGUUGUUGACAAAGAUGGGGAUGUUGGUGUAAUCUUUGAUGAUGGUAUCGGGUUUGUGUUUCACCCAGCCUGUCUUAUAACCGUUCAAAAAGGUGACAUUGAUUCAGAAUCUAAUUCCGAUGAAGACGAAGAAUGUGAAGACAUAGACCAAGAUGAAGAACAACUAAUACCUAACCCAACAGAGGAUGAUGAAAGUGAUGAUGAGGAAGAUGGAGAAGUUAAUCUAAUGCAAGCAUUGGCUGGACUUCUACUUCUUGAAGCUCUUAGCAAUCAAUCAGCUGAUUCGAGUGAUGAGCAAAGAUUUCUUGCCGCAGUAAAUCAGGGCAAUGCAGCAGACGUCGAACAGAUGUUGCAGCGUUGUCCCGCGUUUAAAGACCUGAAACAAAAUGGUAUACCAGUUUUAUUACUUGCGUCAUACCAAGGUUAUAUUGCUGUCAUAAAUGUCUUACUUGAAGCUGGUGCCGAUAUUCAGGAAAAAGAUGAAAAAGGGAACUCUGCUUUAAUAAUUGCAACAGCUGCUGGUAAAGGAGAUGCCGCAAAGUUUCUGAUUACCAAAGACGCAGAUGUCAAUGCUGCUAACGUAGAUGGUCGGACAGCUAUUCACUCCGCUGCAUCAGGAAAUAUGACAUCCGUCCUAAAGCUACUGCUGGAACAUGACUGUAAUCCGAACUUGCAAGACGUACUUGGAGACACACCUCUGCAUGACGCGAUCAGUGAACGCCAUGAUGAGUCAGCAACUAUUCUUAUUCAGCAUCCUAAUAUUGAUGUGUGGUUACAAAACAUGAAAAAAUUUAAUGUCAUGCACUUAGCGUGCUUGAAAGGCCACGCAUGCGCCGUGGACAAACUUUUAACAAAGGAUCCAAAACUGGUCAGCUGUGCAAAGGCCGACGGUUUCUUGCCUCUUCACAUUGCCUCUAUCAAUAACAAUAUCAACGAAGCCAGUGUGUUACUUAUCAAGGGUAGAGCGGACGUUGAUGCUAAAACGCUAAUGAAGCAAACAGCUUUGCAUGUUGCCGCCUCGGAAGCUUACUUUGAUAUGGUCAAACUGUUGCUGACAUAUGGAGCUGACUGGUCAAUAAAAGAUGCCGAAGGGAAUACUGCAUUGCAUUUAUGCAUGACUGGAAGACGAACCAACGAAUUAUUUUUACAAUUACUUGGAUUGCGAAACUUAUCAGAAGACAGUGAAAGGAUCAAGAUAGCAAACUUUCUGAUUCAGCAUGGUGCUAGUAUUGACAUCACAAACAACCAGGGGAAAACGCCAAUAACUGGAUGUCAGUUAGAGCAUAUGCGAGAAGCAGUGUCUGAGUUUGCUGCUAAAAACAAACCAACAGUUGCACAAAGACCAAAAGCAAGGCCAAGCACAGCUAAGGUAGAGCAAGAGAUCUUCACUUCAUCAGCACAGAUGUGCCAUAAAUGUUCCGAGGCUAGUGCGGACAUUCGCUUUCUCCCCUGUAAACAUAAGAUUUCAUGUCAGAAGUGUUGCUUUAUGUUUAAGAAUUGCCCUAUCUGUAAUAAAGUGAUUACUAAAAGAACCGACAAAAACAACCGUACAGUGGACAGCAGUUGUGUCAUUUCAUAAAGUAAUGAAUAAGAAUUUCGGAUGUUUCGAGAUUUUAUGUUAAUGUUCAUAAACAUUUUGAAAUUAUUUUCAAAAAGUAAAAAAUGGACAGAUUAGUACUUUAAUGAAGCACAAUUAUGCCCUUACAUUUCACCCGUUUUUUUAAUAUGUCAUAAACAUGACAAAACUAUAUUAAAAGGACGAUAACUUGGUUUGAAUUGGGUGAGGAAUAUGGUGAUAAAAAUAAUUUAAUCCAAAUGUUGCAUGUGAAACGUAUAAUUAUAUAUACAAUUAAUAUAUAGUCUUUGAAUUUUGUUUAUGCAAAAA